AUGCCACCAAAAGGCAAGCGAGGAGCGAAUUUGCACCAAGGCAAAUCGGGAGAGGAAGAGCGCGAAGAGCCCUUCCAGGCCGUCGUCUUUGCGGAUUCUUUCGAGCUACGAUUCAACCCCUUCUCGCUGGAACAGCCACGAUGUCUCCUCCCCUUGGCCAACACGCCCCUGAUAGAGUACACGCUCGAAUUCCUGGCGAGUUCCGGUGUCGAUGAGGUCUUCCUCUGCUGCGGCAACCACACCGACGCGGUGGAGGAGUAUCUCUCCAAAUCGAAAUGGAUGAGUACCACGGCUCCCUUUAGCCUGGAAAUCGUGCGAUCGGAUGCCAACAGUGUAGGCGAUUGCAUGCGACACUUACACACGAAAGAUAUCAUUGCGGGAGAUUUCCUGUGUGUGUACGGGGAUGUCGUGGCGAAUAUCUCGCUGGAAGCGGCGAUGCGGGGGCAUAAGACCCGCGUUGCGAAGGAUAAGAAGGCUAUCAUGACGAUGGUCCUGCGGGAAGCGGGAGAGAACCACAGGGCGAAAGCGAAGCAUGUCCGGCCGACGUUUGUUCUUGACGAGAGUACCGGACGGUGUGUGCAUUAUGAGCAGCUUCGGCCGGGACAGAAUGCGACGCUGGAUAUUCCAGGCGAGGUACUCCGAGAAGCCGUGGAUUUGGAAGUACGCGAGGAUCUGAUUGACUGCGGCAUCGAUAUCUGUACACCCGAGGUCCUCGCACAGUAUACCGACAAUUUCGACUGGCAGCUCCCGAGGAGUGGGUUUGUGAAGGGCGUGCUGAAGGAUUUUGAGACUUUUCAACUUACGAUCCACUCGCAUGUUGUGUCGGAGGGAUAUGCGGCCCGCGUCAAGGAUUUGCAGACUUACGACGCGAUUUCGAAGGAUGUCGUUUCCCGGUGGACGUAUCCGCUUACCCCUGACACGAAUCUGGUACAAGGACAGAACUUCCAGCUACACAAGGGAAAUGUGUAUCGGGAAAGUGGAGUUGUCCUGGCGAGAUCGAGCGUGGUGAGCAGGAACGUCAUUCUGGGCAAGGCUACUUCGGUGGGUGAGCAUUCGACGAUCAGGAAUGCGGUGAUUGGAAGGAGAUGUGUGAUCGGGACCGGGGUGAAGAUCGAUGGUGCGCAUAUCUGGGAUGACGCGUACAUUGGAGACGACACUGUGCUGGAGAAGUGCAUUAUCGGCAAUCGAGCGUCAAUUGGCAAGCACUGCAAGGUCGAGGAGGGCGCUCUCAUCUCGUACGGGGCGAAGAUCUCAGACGGCACGACAGUUCCUGGGAACCAGCGGAUCAGCACACUCAAGCGAAAGCGAGGCUAUGGGAAGGACGAUCUGGUCCAAGCGGCAAGUGAUGCCAAAGUGGUUGGCGAAGGUGGUGUUGGUUAUCACGUGGAGCUGGACGAGGACGAAGAAGAGCUUGCAGAAUCGGUACUGGUUGGAAUACAGAACAUGGACUUGGCAGUGGACGACAUCUCCGAUUUCGACACGGACGACUCCGGCGACUCCGACGAGGAUGGUUCAGAACUACACCACGUGCGCUCAGCCUCAACACGUAGCGAUAGCUUCGCUUCGAUUGAUUCCGAUGAGAGUGGCGAGGGACGGAAAGAAGCCCACGAUUUCCACCGAGAAGCCGUGAAUAGCUUAUUCGACGACAUGCAGAAGAACAAGACACCAGACACGAUGAGACUUGAACUGGGCUCUCUCCGGAUGACCGCCAACGCCGAAGAUCGACAAAUCCGACGAGCUAUUGCGGUAGCUUUCACCAAACGAAUCGCCAACCUCGUUGAGCACGGAAGCAGUCCCAAAGACGCCGUCGGACAGGUCUUCACGGCCUAUAAAUCGCUCCUGGACGGGUAUCUGAAGGAAGAAGAUUGGCAAGCGGAGCUUCUACUCUUCUUGCAGACGGAUCUGGUGCAUCGACCACAGGGCGAGAAGAUCUUGUUGUUCUUGUCGAAUGCGCUCGCUACGAGUGAUAUGGUUGAGGCGGAAGCGUUUGAGGCUUGGUGGAAUGAUGCGAGGAGUUCGGCGAGUGAGCAGUUGGAGGCUGUGAGGAAGGAUACGAAGCAGUUGGUUGAUGUUUUGGUUGGAGAUGAUGAGGAUGAGGAUGAAGAGGAAGAGGAAGAUAGCGAGGAGGAGUCUGAAGAGGAGUGA